UGCGUUCGUUACCGGAAUGAUGGAUCCAGGCAGUCGUCCCUAACCGGUGCCUGGCUUUCAUACGUAUUCGAUCUGCCUCGUCCGUGAGUCAAGCCACUGAUAUUCCUCUUGCGUGUGCUCAUCAUCCCGUCCCCAUGCUGCAAAUUGCCUGAUUGGCCGUGUGUGGAUAAUGCAAGACACGCUGAGUGGUCGCUCGGAUUCGUUCAAAUAGUCCAGCUCUCUAGUGAACAUGCCGUCUCAGCGCAGCCCACCUGCCCAUCCCGUCACUGCCCUUGCCCGGCCUCUACUGCACGGAGUGUGCUCGCCAUGUCGUUGAUCACUCACCCUUGCGCAGUCUGCGGUCAUACAACGACAUUAUGGUGCAGUCGGUGUCAGAGUAUCUGGUACUGCUCGCCAGACCAUCUCCAGGGUGAUUGGCCGCGCCACAAAAGGGAAUGUGUCCCAGUCAGUGCCGCCGGCCAUCCCAGCACAAUUGCCACUCCGCCGCCAGUGCAGCAGCAAUUGGUCCAGGUCACCGCGAUUCUCUUUGCACCAGAAGAAGAUCGGUCACGGCUAAUCACGGUACAGUGCCGUCCUCAAGGCACUGCUUCUCAAGGAAUGUGCCCCAUGCCGCUUGCGCAAGAUUACUUCACCGAGAGCGUGCCAAACACCAUUAUCCUCACCCAAGGUCUUAACGGGGAACCGCUUCGGUUUCCGUUGCACAUAUGGUACUGUCCCAAGGCGCUCCAGCGUGGCUCACCCGUCAACCGCGCGAUUCACCGAAUCACAUCCGGAGCCGCUGCCAAAGCCUGGUGCGGUACGGUGAUCGUGCUCAAAUUCAACGGCUCGCGUAGGCAGGGCUACUCUGAUGCGAGCACGAACGAUCUACCCGCGCUUUCCGCGUACUUCCUGGCGUAUAAGUGAAAUUGUGGUUACACGUUGAUGCAGCCCACAUGAUGUCACCCAAAACAACUUCUACCACACGAUCCCGAACUCCGUUCUUCGGACAAUGACGCUUAAUUUUGGAUAGCCCACGUCCUGUUGUGACCCUGCUUUGUGUCGCUGUGUAGCAUGAGCCU